AUUCGCUCAGUUGACAGAAGUUCCUUAAAUUGACAAGAUGUAUCCAAAAACUGUUUUGUUGGUGGCAAUUAUUUGCACAUUUGGCAUUUUUGGGGUUCAAGGACAAGGGUAUGGAAAUUUUGGACGUAGAGGAGAUAACAGCAUUCCUGAGCGUGGAGGUGCAUUUCCAUCAAAUGGGGGUUACGGACAAUAUCCACAAAACGGAGGUUUCGGUAAUAAUCCACAAAGUGGUAACUAUGGAGGCUUUCAACAAAAUGGUCCACAAAGCGCAGGUUUUGGGGGCUAUCCACAGAAUGCUGGUGCUUAUCCUCAAAACUCGGGACCUUUUGCUCAACCAGGAAACUAUCCUCAACAAGCUGGUAACGGUUUCAGGCCACCACGUUUUGCUGGUAGAUUUUAAAUUGGGUUUUUUAAGAAAUUAAUCUUUUUAACUUCUUACUUUCAAAUUGAUUUAUUCCUGAAAGCUUUUUCGCUUGUAUUAACUUUGAUAUUUAAUUUUAAAAAAAUUUAACACUUUUUUGCUUAUAAUUUGAUACGUAAGUUUGUUUAGAUGAAAAAUGUGUAUUAUGUCUGGAUAAUUUAUAUACACAGUCUGGAUACUUUAUGUAAACAGUCUGCAAAAACUGUACUUCUUAAAAGCUAUAAAUUCAC